AAUCACAAUCUGCCUUCUGUCUGCGCCAAGAAACCCUGAAAACUGUGAGGUUCCCAAAGAGGCCAGAUUUAAAACAGAACCAGUGGAGGGAUGAAGAUGAUCUCCAGGAUCCUGCUGCUCCUCAUCCUCAGCUCAUGUCUCUGUGCAGCAACAUUUGUAGUGAAUGUGACACAGAGCAGCUAUCAGGCAGAGGAGAACCACAGCAUCACUCUGGAGUGGACCUUCACCACCAAGACUCAGGGAUCCUGGAGGGAACUGUUCAUCUACUGCAGCUUGGUGGCUCCUCAUAAAGAACUGGUUCUGUAUCAGGUCCAUGAAGGUGUUGAGAUUCCAGAUUCUCAGGAUGAACAGUUUUCAGGACGAGUCCAGAUUGACAAAGACGUCCUCAGAGAAGGACGAAUCAGACUCCAUGUGUCCAGACUGAGGACUGAAGACUCUGGUCUGUAUUUGUGUGACGUGAAAACUGAAGAUGGAUUCAACUCUGGAAGAUGUCGACUCAACGUUACUGUUCAUAAAAACAUCUCAGCUGUUCCUGGACAGAGCGUCUCUCUGCCAUGCCGACUCCCCAACAUCAAACCUGCUGUGGUUGUGCAGUGGACCCGACCGGACCUGGAACCAGAAGAUGUCCUCCUGUUCAGAGAUGAGCAGCCUGACCCAGAGAACCAGCAUCCAUCUUUUAGGAACCGGGUGGAGCUGCAGGACAGACGGAUGAAGGACGGAGACGUGUCUUUGCUUCUGAGCAACGUGACGACCAGCGACUCGGGAAAAUACGAGUGUCGAGUUUUCCAGAGAGAAGCAACUGGCAGGAAGAGACGCACUUUGACCUUUGACCCCAUCUGGAUCGUCUUCCUGGAUGUGGCGCCUCCUACAGAAAACGAGGAGGAAAGAAAAGAAGAUGGAAGCAGAAACAAACAUGUUGGACUGAUUUUUGUAGCCGUUCUGAUUAUUGUAGCCGUUCUGAUUAUUGGUUUGAUUCUUCAUCAUUAUGUUAUUAAAACAAAAGAAGAGGAAACAGAAGAUGAACAGAUCACUGAACUCAGUGAGUGUUAA